AUGAAGCUAGAUGGGAGUCAGCAAACAUUUAGCUACGACAACGCAAUAUGGUCAAACAAGCAAACAUUUCAAUCAAAAAAUUUGGAGUUGGAUAACAAAGAAACUAAACUGGCUUCCUAUUGGACACUGCCAUUUACCGAAGUUCGUUUGGGAAUGAAAGUAGAUGGAACGAUCAGGUGGAUCACUUUCAGUCAUCUAUCUACAGUCUCAUUGCAGAUGGACGUUACAGGAGAACGAGCGUUGGUGAAAGAUGGAUUCAAUGCGAAAAGUCACCCCACACACGCACGAACUCGUCUGGGAUUUAUUGCUAACCAAGAAAACAAUUGUGGCAAUCCAGGCUCUUUUGUUGGUUUUGGAACACGGUACAAGUCCCACGCAAAUAGUGCUGGAAACUGUGCAGGUUCUACCGCGAAUGACAACGGUAGUCUAGACAUCAAAGUAAUUGGAUACAUUAUGGCACGUUGA